AUGCGAUUCGGGAAGCUUCCUCCAAUCUGUAUUGCGAUUCAAGCACUGGCGUUUGCGAAGGUGUCUUCUGCAGACCAAUGUGGCUCGCAUGUGGUCCAACACACGGGAUUCACCUUCAACAUUACAAUCACGGACUGGCGAGGAUCGCCAAUUGGAGGCGUCAGUGGAUCCCAUGUGAACGCCGGCGAUACUAUUAGCGUGGCAAGCGAACUACCCUACAUGUUCGAGAUGACUCCUGGAUCGUCUGAUGGCGCCGCCGUAUCUUUCAAAUAUGCUGCUUGGGGCACAACAUCUGACGAUUGUGUCACCGAUCACUAUAAGAAUGAUUUGCGCCACAUUUUGUGCGGAUUUCCCUGCUAA